AUGCCAUAUCCAAAGUCGUCAAAGAAAGGCCAUCGACAUGACAAGACAAAGAGCCCAGGGUCAACCGAGCCCCCAAAAGACCCGGAGCCUAACCCUACCGCCAAGUACUUGCCGGUAUCGAGGAAUGAUCCCAUCUGCCGAGAAUGGCCAUCUCUGCUACGUGAAAUUGUCCGAAAGAUUGACCACGAUGGAGUGUGUAUUAUCACGUGUGUUCUACAGAAGAAAGGUCGCGACCCGGGCUUUACCACCACCAUACUCGUCGUCUGCAAUUCUCCAAAACCCCCAAGCCAUAGAUACACCUCGAUUGCCAAGAUUCGAGGACUCCUCGACGAAAUUAGCCUGUCAAGUGUGUCAGUCGAGUUUGUGCCUGGGGACUUCACUCGAGAAGCGUCAGGUCUCCAUAAGGAGCAGCUUGACCGACGUGUUCUACAUCAACCUUCUAUGAUUGGUCAAAGUCUUGCACCCAGAGGCACGUACGGCUCGGGAACGCUCGGUGGUUUUAUAGAGAUCAAGCUACCGGGUCAAUCCAGCUACAAAACCUUGGCCCUCACCUGUUUCCACUGUGUCAACCCCAGUGAGGAGGAUCUAGAUCCCGACCUCGUAGAGAGGGUGCGGAUGUGGCGGGAAAAGGGGGUUGAACCGGAUGACGACCUGAGAAGAGAACUCCAAAUGGAACACCCGAGUUCCAUGGCCAUGGAAGACAAGAUUGCUUCCCUCACAGACGAAAUCCAAGGCAUUGAGACAAGCGAACAAUACGGCCAAUUCCGUGAAUUGGAGGGUGAGGAUAUUGAGUCCAUGUUAGGCCGGACUGCCGCGCGAACAUUCACCAGAAUGAAGGAUACACUGUCCAAUCUCAACGACUUCCUUGGUGAGAUCGAAGCCUUCAAAAGCGACAACCGUGCGGCUUUCGGACACGUGUACGCGGCGUCAGGUUUUCGAACAACACCGCCGGCCUCCGGAAUUACAAUGAACCUCGAUUGGGCUCUUAUUGAAGUCCCAAAUGAUCGGAUAGGGCACAAUGUGACACCAGAUGGCCACGAUCUAAAGGAAGCCCCAGUCCCUGAAAAUCUUGAAGGAAUGCAGGUUUUCAUUCACGGUCAACGGUCAGGGCACCGAAAGGGGAUAAAACAUCCCCUCGAGUCAGCAGUUCUCGACUAUGCAAUCAUUGACGGGAAAAGUACUAAGCGAACUACAUAUGAACAUUCAAUCCACCCGGCGCAUACCCCUGAGUUCUCCCAUGAAGGUGAUUCUGGGUCCCUCGUAUUUACUGCCUCCCAUGUGGUCAUUGGAAUGCUGUUCGCCGGUGGUCUUAGCCAUUCGAUGUCCUAUUUCACGCCCAUUGAAGUCCUCGUCGAAGACAUCAAGGAAGUCACCAAAGCCACCGAUGUUCGGCUAAAGAUGGAUCGUUCCUCUUUUUCUUCUUAG